AUGAGACAUUCAAAUCUCGAACUUGAAGACAGCAUUUCAGGGCUUCAGUUUGCCCGCGCCAUGAAGAAGUUUGGAUUCGGCAAAAAGAACGAUGACGGCGGGGAUGAUAGUAACAGAUCAGCUCUCUUUGGCUCACGAUCAAAAAAUAAGAGCCCUGCACCUUCAAAUAACCCUUAUGCCCAACCACCGCCUUCGACGGACCCUUACUCCCAGUCUGGGCAUCGCCCUCAGGCCUACGGUGGGAUGAAUCAGCCUGGAAAUCACCAGUCUAACUCAACAUAUGGCGGAUCAGAGAAAGGAUACAAUCCUUCAAAUGGUGGCUUUGCCCCCGGGAAGCAAGGAAACCAAGGAAGCUAUGGGCAAGAUAGAUACGGUGGGGGUCCUCCUGCUAACAGCGGUGGUUAUGGCGGCCUAGGCAGGGCAGACCCCAACGAUCCGAGUACGAAGGAUGGAAACAGAGAUGCCCUCUUUGGAAACGCACCUAGCCGAUACCAAGAACGACAGGCAAGCAGUGCACCUCCUCCAUACCAAUCCGACUCGUCUUAUGGCGGACAACAACCCGGAGGCUCCAGUGGUCCUAGCUAUGGCAAAUACCAGGACCGACAGCUCACAGCCGAGGAAGAGGAAGAGGAAGACAUCCAGGCUAUGAAGCAAGACAUCCGGUUUAUGAAACAGCAGGAUGUGUCGUCAACCCGAAAUGCGCUGAGACUAGCUGCAGAAGCAGAGGAGAGCGGAAGAGCGACCCUUGCUCGUCUUGGUGCUCAGGGUGAACGAAUCCACAAUACGGAAAAGAAUCUUGACCUGGCCGCUAACCAGAAUCGAAUUGCUGAGGAGAAGGCUAGGGAGUUGAAGAAGGUCAACGGAAGCAUGUUUGCCAUGCACAUCUCGAACCCUUUCACUAGCGAACAACGCCGCCGUGCUAGGGACCAGGCCAUCAUUGAUCGUCACCAGGAGGAGCGUCUACAACGUGAAGAAACCCGACUUGCUGCUUUCCGCACAGAGCAGCGAAUGGACCAGACUUUCAAGGAAAUAUCUAAAAAAGGUGAAACCGGCCCGAAGAGGACCAACCUUGCAGAACGUUCAAAGUACCAGUUUGAACAGGAUAGCGAGGACGAUGAGAUGGAGAAUGAGAUCGAGUCAAACUUGGAUGCUUUGCACGGUGCCGCUACUCGAUUAAAUGCACUUGCUAAAGCUACUGGGAGGGAGAUCGACGAGCAGGACCCACAUAUCAAGCGCAUUAUUGGAAAGAUCACGGCUGGACCGUAUUCGCUAGAAAGCAAUUAG